CUAUUAGAGACCAAAGGGAAAAAGAGGGGUUUUAGUUUUAGAUACUGCGCAGUACACAAGUCGCACAAAGAGAAUCCUUUGUUCGUUCGUCCUUUUGCGUCUGGAAUCGGGUCGUGGAGCUCGAGUGAGUCGUGAAACGGCGAGUCUCCGGUCAGAUCUUACGGGGGUUUUCUUGCGAUCCGAUUGAGGAAUAGAGGAGAGAAUGGGCGGGAGAGACGGCGGCGGAGUAGCCGGGAAGGGAAAUAACAUAAACUUAGGUGUUCCGGCGAUGGCGAGGAACGUAGUUCAGGGCUUGAAGGAGGUUGUCAACUGCUCUGACCAAGAGAUCUACGCCAUGCUCGUCGAGUGCGAUAUGGACCCCGACGAAGCCGUUAGCCGUCUCCUCUCUCAAGAUACUUUUCACGAGGUGAAGAGCAAACGGGACAAGAAAAAAGAGACAAAGGACACAACAGACUCCCAAUCACGCAGAACCGGUAGCAUCCUGAACCGUGGAGGUUGUAGGAGUGCUGGUGGUGAUAAUUAUGCUGGUCGAGGUGGUGGACAUAAGUUUAACUCAAAUGAACCGGGUGGUUUGCUAGCAAAACCUGCAAACAAAAGAGAAAACAGAACACGUAAUCAUGUGGCUGGCUCAUCUUCGACCUCUGGUGUUGCUUGGAGCCAACAUCCAUUCAGCAGUGAUCCUAAAGGAACUGAAAACACAAGCUUGUCAACGGGCUCAGGUGAUGCAGUUCCUUCAUCCUCGCAGGCUUCUUCUAGACACCAACGUGCUUGGGUUGCUAUCCCGGGUCAGAGAACUAUGGCUGAUAUUGUGAAGAUGGGCAGGCCUCUCCAUCCGAAUAUCGUUAUUCCUCAUUCUUCAGAUCCACCAAAUUCAUCCAAAGAGACUGAGAGCAGAGCUCCUCUCAAGGACGAAUGGCCCUCGAUUGAGAAGCUGGGUGCUGCUUAUUCUUCCUCAGUCUUGAAAGUACCCACGGAAUCUAAGCUGUACGAUGACCCAUUUAGUGAUGGCUCUGUUAGGGCAGAUCACCAUAUGAAGUCCCAGUUGGAUGAGGACCCUGUAACAGAAACUCAUCCAGUGGGAGCUCCCAUUGUGGAUCAGGUUCGGCCUGCUUCAGUAUCCAGUAGAAACUUGAAUGAUUAUGAUGAUGAUGACUCUGGAGGUUCGUCAUUGUAUGACAAUGAUGACAACAAUAACAUCAUUGAGCCAUACGAAACAGAAAGACAUCUUUCUAAGCAUGAUGGAGCUGAAGAUGUUGCCACAACUAUUCAGCAUCUAUCAAUUGAGAAUGAUAACCAGGGAGCAUUUUCGGAAGAGGACAAGCCCGCAGUAAUAAUUCCCAAUCACCUGCAAGUCCAUACCUCAGAUUGCUCGCACUUGAGGUUUGGAAGCUUCGGUUCUGGAAUGGGGUCUGACUCACCUGGCGCUCAUUCGUCAGGGCUCCUGAAUAAAAACUUAGAGGAAAUACCCGAAACAGCGGAUGAUUCAUCAAUCAGACUUCUAGACACCAGAGAUUCUGAAUUCUAUGGAGAUGAUGAACGGCUCGGGAAUGUUCCUGAUGGAAACAUGGCUUAUCAUAUUGAUUCGAGUGCUAGGAAUUACGAUUCUGCAUCAGACUCUGUGACAGAGCGGUUGAAACAGGAAACUCCAGAACCUGCUCAUGAAAACGAGCACAAUUAUUCGUCUGCAACAGAUUAUGCUUUUGAUAGUAAUCAACAGUUGAAUCCGGCCUUGGCUCCUCCAGAAACAGGUCCUCAGAUCCAGAAUCUUGAUGACUUCCCUGAGGUGAUGCAGCAAGCGUAUGCAAAUUCGUUACCCAGCACUUUGUUACCGUCAACCAUUCGGGACGUGAGGGAAUCAGAUCUUCAGUACUCGCCCUUCCCUCUGAAUCAGUCGAUGCCUACAAAUUUCAACAAUACUGCAGCUUCACUUGCUGGUCCAGCCAUCCCAAUGACAGAUGCACUAAGAGCUACCCGUAUUUCCACACAGCAGACUGAACCUGGCGCCAUGGGACCAGCGGCGGCCCUGGCCAUGCACCCUUACUCUCAGCCGACGCUGCCUUUGGGACAUUACGCCAAUAUGAUAGGUUAUCCUUUCUUACCUCAGAGUUACACCUACAUGCCUUCGGCUUUUCAGCAAGCGUUUUCGGGUAACAACACUUACCAUCAGCCUCCUCUAUCCGCUAUGCUUCCACACUACAAAAGCAACAAUCUGCCUCAGUCAGCCGCCGCUGUUCCCGGAGGUAAUAAUAUCCCGUUGAAUCCCUCUAACGCUGUGAAUUCCCUGUCGAGGUACGACAAUGUCUUAGGCUCACAGUUCAGGGACGGUAAUCAGCUAGCAUUGGCAUCACUUCAACAGAACGAGAACCCACGGACAUGGUUUCAAGGACAGAACUCGCGGCUGGAAAGCAGCAUGUAUAGGUUUCAUGGUCAGAAUCAGCAGCGGCAAGGGCAACAGCAGCCGUUGCAGCACGGUUACCUGAGCCACUACCACUCACAAGGAGCCAUGCCAAUGGGCCAUAACCAUAACCAUCUCCAACUAAACCCAACUGACUCUUCUAAGCAGACCCAACAGCCAUGGCAGCCGGGCUACUGAUCAAACCCCAGCCGGGUGAAAAGGCGAUGGCUUUGCUCGCUAACCUUAAUUACUCGGUACUAUACUUGGAUUUUUUUUCCCCUUUGUCGAAACUCAGAAAGUUUGUUGAUUUAGUAUCUCUACGACCAAUGCUUCAAUCGUCAUUCUGCUGUCAAAUGUUUCUAUCUUGGGAAAAAAACAACAAAAUUUUUCAUCAGAGACGAUGGAGGAGAUGAAGGAAUGGAAGCAUCCAGCCCCUAUUCUAAUUAUUCAGUCAUAAUUUUGAGGAUAAUUUUGUUUUCUUGCUUGAUUCAAGAUGGUAUGUGUUUGUUUUCUUA